GACUCUUCAUUGGUUGGUGCCAAGACAACUCAUAGUCCGCCCUAAUCAUCAAAGGAGUAUAUUUUAGCGACAAACUUCUUCAACAAUGGGCUCUAUAAUGACAAGUGAAAAACGAAUUGGGACUCACAACGGUUGCUUCCACUGUGAUGAAGUGCUAGCAGUUGUCCUACUCAAAUAUCUUCCUGAAUACAAAGAUGCUACCGUAGUGCGAUCUCGUGAUCCAGACAUACUGUCUGCUUGCGACGUGGUUGUUGACGUUGGUGGUGUUUAUGACCCUGAAACACUUCGUUUUGAUCACCAUCAGAAGGAUUUCUCGUUAACAUGGUCCCAAUAUUUCGGCGUGAAGAUGUGGGAUGUUAAACUAAGCAGCGCUGGUCUGGUGUACGUACAUUUUGGCAAAAGAGUACUCUCUCUACUGACUGGCCUUGAAAUUGGGCACGAAGUUCUAGAAAAGAUAUACAUGAAGAUAUACGAAUCGUUCAUUUUAGAAAUUGAUGGGCAAGACAACGGUAUUCCACAGUCUCAAACUCCAUUGAAGUACAAUAUAGGCACUAGUUUAUAUUGCAGAGUUCGACGACUUAAUCCCUGGUGGAAUAAUGAAUCAGAGGAAUCAGAAGCUUCAUUCCAAAGAGCAAUCAAUUUAGUCAGUCGUGAAUUUCUUGAUACUGUGGACUACUUUACUAACUGUUGGUGGCCUGCACGAAAUAUUGUAGCUAAAGCAAUGAAUGGUCGUGGAGAUGUAGAUUCAUCGAGAACUAUCAUAGUAUUAGAUAGAUCCUGUCCAUGGAAGAGCCAUCUAUUUGACUUAGAGCGUGAAGAACGUAUGGAAACAGUCGUUUAUCCGGAACCACUCCGUCAAACAAGUUAUCGUCCUAUACCAAAGUUUCCCCCUCAAAUUCUCUUUGUCAUAUUACCAUCAGAUGGUAAUUGGGUUGUUCAAGCCGUACCAAAAGACAAGUUUGGUAUUCGGUACGCUUAUUUUUUCAAAUUUUCCACUGCUAUUUAUUAAACGUCAUCAUCACUUAAGUUGUAAAUUCAGCAUAACUAAUCAUCAUUAUAAUCUCCAUGUAAUUCCAUUCACACCAUUGAUCUAAAACUAUCAACUUCGAAAAUACUCUGGUUACCAAAAUCUUUUUCAAUCGAUCAGUGGUUUUUUACAUCUUCAAUAACAACGGAUUUUUUUUAAAACUGACAUAGUUGUAUUUACAAGGUUACCAUUCCCUAGCGACUGGCGUUCACUUCAAGAUGAUCAAUUGUGUGCGAUCACUGGAAUCUCAGGUUGCAUUUUCGUGCAUAACUGUGGUCAUUUAGGUUCCAAUAAAACACGUGACGGUGCAAUUGAAAUGGCACGUUUUGUUGUAAAUGAAUCAAAACUUCAACAGGAGAAUUUUAUUGGAACUACCUUAACGCCACCAAAAUUCAGUCGUGGUCGUGGUCGCAAGUCUUUUGUGAAUAAUCGUAAUAAAAAAUGUUAGUUUCUCUUUCUUAUUGAGACCCUGUUUUUUUAAGAAGAACCAAAGUAAGAGUUUCGAAACUUUUAUUUCAUUACUGAGUCAUUAUUUUUUAAGCAAUCAGCUGUGUACCUGAAAUUUUUGAGGAUAUUGAUAUUUAUUUUUAUUAAUGAUUCAUAUUGUGUAAUCCUUUUAUUCUUAUUUUCAUAACUUACUCAUAAGAUUUAUGAGUGUAAUUAUUUGCGUUCUUGCAUUUGCUGUACAAUCCAUGUAUAACGAAAUUAACCUGAUGUAAUCAUUUUGUUUAUACAACCGCAGAAUAUUUAUAGUUUAUUCCUUUUUAUUUGUUGAUAUUUUCAUAAAAUAACUUCAACCUGUUUCUCCUUGUUUGAUUGUUUUUCUCGUACUUUGUGUUGUUUUUUAUAUAAAUAAAGAACAUGUCUCCUAGAA